UCAGGGUGAUGCUUUGUGGUUGUGCAAAACCUGGAACAGUGAGGGCAUUAGGACCAGGAGAGAGACUCUCGCUUGGCUCCCAUUGUGUCUGGCAGAGGGUUCCUGCAGGGCUGGAGCUAUGUGUGAAAGGAAACUGGGCAGUGCCUGCUGUCUUUAGGCUUUAGUCUGUUGGUCUGGCCUGACUCAAGGCGUCCAAAGGAGGAUGUCUGUCUUCCUGGCUUGACUGAAUCCCCAGCCACUUGCCCCAGACAUCCCAUUGAACUUUACCAUUCAUGCAGAGGGGGGAAGAAACACGGGACUAACCACCAGAGCAGAAUGGACAAGAGCAGGGUGAGGGGGGCAAACAACACAACCAGAGACCCUUUCCAGAAGACAAUUAACAAAAUUCAGAGAGGACCAGGGGCAGCCCCAGGCUCCUGCGGCUUUCUGGUUCCAAGGGAAGUGGAUCUUACAACUGCUGCUGGCAAGUGUCAGAUGGAAUAGAAGGAGCAGGUGACUGGCAAAAAGCCUCUUGGCUGGAAUGAGCAGCCCAGACUCAAUGACAAGCUUGACCUGAUCAGGACCUGCUGCUCUGGGCAAGUGGCUACGAUAUGCUCCUGAGGAAGAGACCCAGGAACGGACGCUGCAGGCUUCAGUUCCUCCUGCUCUUGCUGACACUCGGAUGUGUCCUGAUGAUGGUGACCAUGCUGCAUCCUCCCCCGCCCACCCUGCACGAAGCUGUCACAGUCCAAGCUAGCAAACACAGUUCUGACGCUGGGUAUCGCCUGGAUUUGGGGGACUCCCAAGAAUGGGUUCUGGAGGCUGAAGACGAGAGUGAGGAGUACAGCUUCUUGGACGGCCUUCUGCCCUUCAUCUCCCUGCAGGAGGAUCAAUUGCUGGUGGUUGUGUCCUCACCCAUGGCUAAGAGGAAUCAGAGCCAGCACCUGAGACAGAGCAGCUACCAGUUCAUCAAACACCCGAACAGGAGGCCGGAUGAGGAAGCCCCUGAGAGGGAUUGGAGGACUGAGGAGGUUGGGGAGGACUCAGAAGAGUCGCUGACCCCACUCAGCCUGGACACAGAGAGCCUCAACAAGGCAUUCAGUGACUACCUGCCCCCGAAGAGAGUCCUGCCUGAGGUGCGGCACCCCAUGUGUCUACAGCAGCACCCUGCAAGUGGCCUGCCUACAGCCAGCGUCAUUCUCUGCUUCCAUGAUGAAGCCUGGCCCUUGCUCUUGAGAACCGUACACAGCAUCCUGGACACAGCGCCCAAGGCCUUGCUGCAGGAGAUCAUCAUUGUAGAUGACCUCAGCCAGCAAGAACAACUGAAGUCUGCUCUCAGUGACUAUGUGGCCAGACUGGAGGCUGUGAAGCUGCUCAGGAGCAACAAGAGGCUUGGCACUGUCGGAGCCCGGAUGCUGGGGGCCACCAUGGCCACAGGGGAUGUGUUGGUCUUCAUGGAUGCCCACUGUGAGUGCCACCCUGGAUGGCUGGAGCCUCUCCUCAGCAGAAUAGCUGAUGACAGGAGCCGAGUAGUGUCUCCAGUCAUAGACGUGAUUGAUUGGAAGACAUUUCAGUACUCUGCAGUCAAGCAGCUGCAGCGAGGGGUGCUGGACUGGAAGCUGGAUUUCCGAUGGGAGCCCUUGGGGGAACAGGAGCAGAAGGCCCUCCCAUCCCCCAUCAGCCCUAUCAGGAGCCCUGUGGUAUCUGGAGAGGUGGUGGCCGUGGACAGACACUACUUCCAAAACUCUGGAGCUUACGAUCCUCUCAUGUCACCUCAGGGUGGGGAAAAUCUUGAGAUGUCCUUCAAGGCCUGGCUUUGUGGUGGCUCCAUUGAAAUCCUUCCCUGCUCUCGAGUGGGACAUAUCUACCAAAGCAAAGAUGUCAGCUCCAGGACUGACCCUGAGGUCAUCUUGAGGAACAAGGUCCGCAUUGCUGAGACCUGGCUGGGGUCCUUCAAAGAAACCUUCUACAGGCACAUCCCAGAGGCCCUUUCCCUGAGCAAGGUAAAGAGGGGCUGCUAGGGGGUCUUUGACCAACAUAAGGUCACUAGCUUUGUGUCAGCCAAGGAGGUCCCUCUCUUAUUUCUGGCUUGAGCUUCUCUGAGUUGGCCCUCUAGAGUGAUCCUUCUACCUGGUGGGGCUGUCCUCUGUCCCUCCCAUCACAUCCCUGGAGUCUCACAGUUGACCUUGACCUGGAAUUCCCAUACUGCUCUAGGAUGCUGUGAACCGGAGGGAGAUAACGGAUGGACCACAUCUCUGAGGGUCCUUUCAUCCUGA